AUGGAAAACCCCCAAAAGAGCCUCGAGGCCGGCGUGGCCGAGCCAUGCUAUGACGACAGCAAAGCGACUCCGGGUGAAGUGGACGUACCGGGCUCAGAGACACACCGUGGGUUGAGCUCACGGCAUAUUCAAUUCUUGGCACUCGGUGGUUGUAUUGGCACUGGUCUAUUUGUUGGAAGUGGACAGGCAUUGUCCAUGGUCGGUCCAGCUCCCCUGCUCAUGGCAUACAUCGUCAUGUCGACUGUGGUUUACUUCGUCAUGAAUAUGCUGGGCGAAAUGACCACUUACCUUCCGGUGCGUGGCGUGUCGGUGCCAUAUCUUAUUAGUAGAUUCACCGAGCCAAGUUUGGGAUUCGCCGUUGGAUAUAACUACUGGUAUUCAUUCUCGAUGUUAACGGCGUCUGAAGUCACGGCAGCUGGACUUGUCGUUCAAUAUUGGCUAACUUCAGUUAGUGUCGGCGUAUGGAUUGCGAUUAUCCUUCUCGUCGUCCUCUUUCUGAAUAUCGUCGCUGUAUCCUGGUACGGUGAAGCCGAAUUUUGGUUUGCAUCAUUGAAAAUCAUCGCCAUCAUCGGCCUCAUUAUCCUCGGCGUGGUACUCUUCUUUGGCGGAGGCCCGAACCACGAUCGACUCGGAUUCCGCUACUGGCAAACUCCCGGCGCCUUCGUCGAACCGUAUCUGGUGUCAAAUGUCAACACCGGUCGUUUCCUUGCGUUCUGGACUGCUUUGAUCAAAUCUGGAUUCUCCUUCAUUUUCUCUCCUGAGCUGAUCACCACCGCUGCCGGAGAAGCUGUUUCCCCUCGUCGGAACAUUCCCAAGGCCACCAACCGAUUCAUCUACCGUCUCUUUGCAUUCUAUGUCCUUGGAAGCUUGGUCAUUGGUGUCACUGUCGCCUACAAUGACAAGAACCUUCUGUCGGGUGUUGCCAGUGGAGCGUCCGGCGCUGGCGCCAGUCCAUUUGUCAUUGGCAUCCAAAACGCCGGCAUCAAGGGGCUGAACCACGUCAUCAACGCUGCCAUUCUCCUUUCCGCCUGGUCUUCUGGCAACUCCUGGGUUUACGCUGGAUCGCGAACCCUGUAUUCUCUUGCCUGUGCAGGCAACGCUCCCAAGGUCUUCACUCGUUGCACCAAGAACGGUGUACCCUAUCCCGCGGUGCUGGUCACCUGGUCGAUUGGUCUGUUGGCAUUCUUGAACCUGUCGAGCUCGGGAGCCAACGUCUUCUACUGGUUCACCAACAUCACGACCGUCGGUGGUUUUCUCUCGUGGGUUCUCGUGGGUUUUGCAUAUUUGCGUUUCCGCAAGGCUCUGGCUUUCAACGGUCUCCUCGAAUCACGACCUUUCAAGACUCCUUUCCAGCCGUGGGGUACCUACUAUGCCAUGGUGGUUAUUGCCCUGCUAGCUAUUACCAACGGCUACGCUGUCUUCUUCCCGGGGUCCUUCACUGCCUCGGGCUUCCUAGUGUCCUACAUUGUGUUUGCCAUUUUCUUUGCGCUUUACUUCGGUCACAAGAUCUGGUACCGGACCCCUUGGAUGGUUCCCGUGGCAGACGUCGAUGUCAUCUCUGGUAAAGAGGAGAUUGACCGAAUGAGUGAAAAUGAGGUGGAGCGACUCCCUCGCAACUGGCUGGAGCGCGUCUGGUGGUGGAUUGCAUAG